AUGGCAGGUGUUGUCCACCGCCACCACCACUUUGCCAGGAGAGGAUACCGUCAAAGGGUGUAUGUUGAACGUACCAAGCCACUGGAGCAAUACACCACUGAGGAGCUGUAUGUCCGGUUUCGCUUUGGGAAGGCUGAUAUAGAGUACCUUGUGAACCUUCUCAGGCCAAAACGUCAACACAGAACCCAAAGGAGUCACGGUCUGUCUGUGGAUGACCAGAUCCUCAUUGCUCUCCGAUUUUAUGCAUGUGGUACUUUCUAUCAAGUUGUUGGUGACUAUAUGGGAGUGGUGAAAUCAGCUGUGUGUGAUGUGGUGAGAGAUGUGUCAAUCGCACUGGCCAGCCUGGUCAAUGAAUUUGUUUCUUUUCCGAAGGACAACCAGAUUGCCCAGGCCAAGCGCAGCUUUUUUCUUUUGGGGAAUAUGCCCAAUACUAUUGGAGCAAUCGACUGCACACAUGUGCAUAUACAAGCACCUCGUGAGAAUGAAUGGGAGUUUAUGAACAGAAAGGGGAGGCACAGCAUCAAUGUCCAACUUGUGUGUGAUGCUGACCUCAUCAUCACCAACUGCGUUGUCAAGUGGCCUGGGUCUGUCCAUGAUGCACGCAUCCUGAGGGAGAGCGCUCUAUAUAGAGACCUCCAAACCAACCGACCGGAUGGCAUAAUAUUAGGAGACAGUGCCUACCCACUCCUACCAUGGCUGAUGACUCCUUUUCUAACAGCAAAUACACCGGCGCAGGCACGCUUCAACACUGCUCAUUGCAGAGCAAGAUGUGCAAUUGAGCGUUUAAAUGGAGUUCUUAAGAGGCGCUUUGCAUGCCUUAACUACCUGAGAGCGGAACCACAGAAAGCAUGCAACAUAACCCUUGCCUGUAUUGUCCUGCACAACAUCGCUACUAAGCGCAAUGUCCCUCUCUGUGCUGACAAUGAUGCACCUGAGCCCCUUGGAGACCCUAACCAACCUCCUGCAUUCUGCCAGAACGAGCAAACAGGACGUGCAACAAGGGAUGCAAUAGUUAGACACUAUUUCUGA